AUGGUCCCGCAGCAAACAGGUAGCAGGAAGCGGAAAGCCCCAUCCGUUGAAGCGGGCGCUGGGAGCUCGUCGUCUCAUGGGGUGGCGGCGGCGGUGGACGGAGAGGGACCAAUGCUGCCCAAGAAGCAGAAGAGGCCAGAGAAGCGUCGCUCCCUGGCACACUACCUGAGGGACCGAGAAGUGGGCGCGCGGGGCCGCGCGGGGCUCCUGGGCUUGGAGGGCGAACUGCGCGGGUACGCGGUGCGGAGGCUGCCUGAACUGCUGACUGAGCGCCAGUUGGCCCUGGGCACCCUCAACAAGGUGUUCGCGUCGCAGUGGCUGAACACCAGACAGGUGGUGUGCGGCACCAAGUGUAACACGCUUUUCGUCGUGGACGUGCAGUCUGGCCACAUCACACGCAUUCCCCUGAUGCGGGACAGGGUGCCUGGACUGGGCCGGGCCCAGCCAGGCUGUGGCAUCCACGCCAUUGAGCUGAAUCCCUCCAAGACGCUAUUGGCCACAGGGGGCGAAAACCCAAACAGCUUGGCUAUCUACCAGCUUCCCACCUUGGACCCCGUGUGCCUGGGUGACCGCCACGGCCACAAGGACUGGAUCUUUGCUGUCGCCUGGCUGAGUGACACAGUGGCUGUGAGUGGCUCCCGAGACGGCACCGUGGCGCUGUGGCGAUUGGACAUGUUCGAUGGCAGCAUUGCCUGGCACAAGGAUGUGGGGCUCCCUGUAUACGUCCACAUCCGACCAAGGGACAUGGAGGCUAUCCCCAGGGCCAGCACUAACUCCAGUAAUCGCAAAGUGCGAGCCCUGGCCUUCAGUGGCAAGAACCAGGAGCUGGGAGCAGUGUCCCUGGAUGGCUACUUCCACCUGUGGAAAGCCCGGAGCACUCUUUCCAGGUUACUGUCCAUCAGGCUACCCUACUGCCGAGAGAAUGUGUGCCUAACCUACUGCGAUGAGUUGUCCCUGUACGCAGCAGGCUCCCAGUCCCAUGUUUCCUUCCUGGAUCCCCGACAGCGCCAACAGAAUAUUCGGCCUCUGUGCUCCCGCGAGGGUGGCACAGGAGUGCGCUCCUUGAGCUUCUACCAGCACAUCAUCACUGUGGGCACAGGCCAUGGAUCACUGCUCUUCUAUGACAUCCGUGCCCAUAAGUUCCUGGAGGAGAGGGCCUUGGCCAGCCCAGGCUCCUCUCCAGCGUCUUCAGGGAGGAAGCUCAAGCUCACCUGUGGCAGAGGCUGGCUCAACCAGGAUGACCUCUGGGUGAACUACUUUGGGGGCAUUGGGGAAUUUCCCAACGCACUCUAUACUCACUGCUACAACUGGCCUGAAAUGAAGCUCUUUGUGGCUGGGGGUCCUCUCCCUUCAGGCCUCCAUGGAAAUUAUGCAGGCCUAUGGAGCUAA